GCCGCUGCCUCUCUGCGCGCUCUGACUGAAGGGGGCUGGCUCUCCGUGAUUGAAUCCAGCUGUUGUGAAAGCGCUCGGAGGGGGCCCGUCCCGUCAAUUUGCAUUGCUAAAUAAUCUGUAGAGGCGACAGAGUGGGGCAGAAAACGGAACAGUCCAUUUUGAAAAAGGCAUUCCUGCAACACUUGGUCAAUGUGCCGCAGCUUCAGCUCGACCAGACAGCGCUUAAUGAAAACCUGGUGUCGGCUUUCGCGUAAAGGCGCAUAGUUGGGGGGUGGCGAGAGCCCUGCUGGGUAGCGGAGAGGGGAUUCACGGGUCGUCUAAAUGUUUCCUUUGAGAGAAACCAUGUUUUUGGAAGUACGUGGCUUCAGGUUUUGCUCUUGUGCAAGGAUGCUGGCAGCUCUGGUAUUCAUCCUGCUGUGUAUCCAGCCUGGACACGGACAGACCUGCACAGAGGGUUUCGCAUACGACCGCAGGACGAGACAGUGUAUAGAUGUGGACGAGUGUCGGACCCUGCCAGAUGCGUGUCGGGGAGACAUGCGCUGUGUGAACCAGAACGGAGGCUACCUGUGCAUCCCGAGGACCCUGUACAACCAGCCGUACAGACCCGAGAUCCCAGCCGAGCAGGAGCCGGUGUACCCAGACUCGUCCAUUGGAUUUUCAGAAACAUUCCUCCCAUCUCUUCCUGGAGGUGGAAGAUCCGUGGAGCCCAGCUACCCCAGAGUGAGGACCACUGCGCAGUGCAUCCUGGGAUAUACUCCUGCAGAGGACGGCACCUGUAACGACAUUGAUGAAUGUGAGACAAACUCCCAUCACUGUAACCCCACCCAGGUCUGCAUCAACACAGCAGGUGGCUACACCUGUUCCUGCACUGAAGGAUACUGGCUCAUCGGUGGACAGUGCCAGGAUAUUGAUGAAUGUCGCUAUGGUUACUGCCAACAGCUGUGCGCCAACGUCCCUGGAUCGUAUUCCUGCUCCUGUAACCCAGGCUUUAUCCUCAACACAGACAGCAGGACGUGUCAAGAUGUGGAUGAGUGUGCAGAUGAACCGUGCACUCACGCCUGCUUCAACACCUACGGCUCCUUCAUGUGCAACUGUGACGAGGGAUUCGAGCUGGCGGCCGACGGCACGUCCUGCAUCGACUUGGACGAGUGCAGCUUCUCUGAGUUUCUGUGUCAGCACAGAUGUGUGAACACACCCGGUUCUUUCUCCUGCCUCUGUCCGCUUGGAUAUUAUGUAUUCGAGGACGGCAGGAGUUGUGAAGAUAUCAAUGAAUGUGACACUGGUAACAACACCUGUACAACAGCACAAGUAUGUUUCAAUUUCCAGGGAGGCCACACGUGCCUGGAUCCUUUACAGUGUCACUCUCCUUACAUCGAAGUUAGUGACAAUCAGUGUAUGUGUUCAGCUGAGAACCCUGCCUGCAGGGACAAACCCUUCACUAUUCUGUACCGACACAUGGACUUGUCGUCGGGGCGCAGUGUGCCUGCAGACAUCUUCCAGAUGCAGGCCACCACGCGCUACCCCGGCGCCUUCUACAUCUUCCAGAUAAAGUCGGGCAACGAAGGACGAGAGUUUUACAUGAGACAAACCAGUAACGUGAGCGCCACACUCGUCCUCUCACGGCCCAUCAAGGGACCCAGAGAGGUGGUGCUGGACUUGGAGAUGGUCACUGUCAACAACGUCAUCAACUUCAGAGGCAGCUCCAUCAUACGUCUGACGAUAUUUGUCUCGGAGUACCCGUUCUGAGCGUCCCAAAUGAACCAAAAGCAUCAAGCUGCACUCGUCUGCGGCUGAUGUGAUUGUUUGUUUGAGACAGCUCACCUUUUUUUUGUGUGUGUGUGUUCAUUUUUUUAUUUUUAAAAAUCAUCAUUAUGUCAUCCUCAAUAAAGACACGUCCGAUAAAGACUCAGCAAAGACCAGCUGAUGGGAAAGCAUCCCUGUGCUGGAAUCCCCGCCCUGGUUUAAUGGACACUGAGCUUUUAUGGCUGCGAUAUGGACUUUCGCACACAGAGGGAUGUUUAUGGUGUACAAUUUCUGACAUCCUCUAUUUAGAAAAUGACCUGAAAUGGGAAUUACCCCCACUGAGUACCCGUCUAUACACAAUACAGUUUGCCCCAGUUGUCUGUGAAUUUUCAUCCCUUCAGAUAAGCUGUGAAAGUGACUUUUAUACGCCUGAAUUCAAGAGCUGUCAUCACAUCGUAAUGAUGCUAUCAGAUCAUUGUCGUGGUUUUUGUUUGUUUUUGUUUUUUUUUAUGCGCUGGAAGGAGAGUCGGUCAUCUGAGCAGAAGUGUAAUCAUGCAUUUGCAGCGGCAAUAUUUGAAAUGAUGUAACAACCAGUCAUUAACUGAAUUAUUGAUCACAGUUUCUUUUAGACCAAUAAAUGUCUUCACCACA